AUUGUACUGUAUUAUGAAGGCAUCACUCUGCAGAAUGUGAACAAACUGAACCUCCUGAGGCUCGCCCCUGGUGGUCACGUUGGACGCUUCUGCAUCUGGACUGAGAGUGCUUUCCGCAAGCUGGAUGAGCUGUACGGCACCUGGCGUAAACCUGCUUCCCUGAAGGUCGGCUACAACCUGCCCAUGCACAAGAUGACCAACACAGACCUGAGCAGGAUUCUGAAGAGUGAGGAGAUCCAGAAAGCUCUUCGUACGCCUAACAAGAAGAUCAACCGCAGAGUACUGAAGAAGAAUCCUCUGAAGAACUUGAGGAUAAUGCUCAAAUUGAACCCUUAUGCCAAGACAGCAAGACGUCAUGCCAUCCUCAAGCAUGACCCUGUGAUCAAGGCCAAGAUGCUGAAACCCAAGAAGAAGCCUGGAAAAGGAGCACCUGCCAAACCCAAGGCAUAAAUCUAUACUUAACAGACUGGUGAUCAGUGAUAAAUAAAUCAGUUGUUUCAAA